AUGGAGGAGGCCCAGAUUACAUCGCCGGGGACGUCUGUCUCCAACCCCAAAGUCCUCAUCAUGAUGGCUGACUAUGGCCAUGAUCCCACCGAGACCGCUGUUCCCUAUACCACCUUCAAGAAUGCCAACUACGCAAUAAGUUUCGCGACCGAGACCGGACGACCACCGCGAUGCGAUAAGAAGCUAUUAGAAGGGUUCACACAAAAGCUAUUCGGCGCAAGCAAGGAAGUCAUCUCGAUGUACCGUAAGAUGGCUCUUAGCGAAGAAAUGCGCCACCCGCUCUCAUGGUCCGCGCCCGACUUCACUCUCGACUCCUUCGACCUCGUGCUAUUCCCCGGGGGGCACGACAAAGGUGUGCGACAGAUUAUCGACUCGCCCAUCGUUCACAGGCUCGUCGCAGACUACUUCCCCCAGACGAGAAGGCCUAGCAAGAAAGUGAUUGCUGCUGUGUGCCACGGCGUCAUGGUCCUAUCCGAGUCUAAAGAUGCUGAGGGGAAGAGCGUCAUACGGGACUGUAAUACGACAGCACUGCCUGCGAAAUUUGAACAGGCUGCGUAUUGGAGUACAAGGGCGGUGCUAGGUGACUACUAUAAGACCUAUGGUCACGGGAGCGCAAAUGUGGAAGAAUCGGUCAAGAAAGUCCUAGCCGACCCAUCUCAGUUUAAGGCCAGUCUCAAUCCCGGCGCUUUCACGGUGGAAGACGAGCAGUACAACUACAUAAGUGCUUGGUAUCCAGGCGAUGCGGAGAUGUUUGCGGACGAGAUCAUCAAGCUCUUCGAAAGCUUCCAUAGGAUUAUCUAA